AACGCCGCUAACCUCCUUCAAGAGCUUCAGAACCCUAAAACGCACCAAAACCCUUCGUCUCGCAUCACAGAAAAAUGACGCAGAAAGCAACCCUCUUCAAAGGCCAGCAGAAGAGAAAAACGAUUCCUCCUAGUCGCCAUGGAAAAGCUCCCAAAACUCGCAAAGGAAAGCGAGUUGUGAAGCCUGCUACUGUCACAAAGGAGAUGGACUCUGAUCGUGAUUUGAGCAAGUUCAUCAACUACUGCAAUGAGGUGAAAGCAGCCACUGCUGCUAACAAAGAAGGUGGUCAAUUGAGUAUAGUCAAACAUGACACCGAGGGUGCAAAAAAGAAGUAGUGUGUAACAAAAUUUUGGAUUAUGAUUAAUGUAUUAAGUGAUCUUAUUAAAAUUGUAACAAUUGUUUUUUUU